AUGUAUCUUCUGGGAGCGCACCUACCAGACGACAAGCUGGUGCGGAUCGCCCUGACAGCCUUCUACGGCAUAGGCUACAGCCAAGCAAGCAAGCUUUGCUCGCGUCUUUCGUUGCACAAACAUGCCAAAGUAGAGAACCUCACGGAUGCUCAGAUCAACCUUUUAUCCGCCUACCUUUCCAGUCCAGGCUCUAUCCCUGCAAGGCCCGCCAAUCCCACCUCUCCAAAUGUCAACUUCAUCUUGAGCGACUCCGCCUCCACUUCUGCCUCGGCCCCGCCUUCGGCUGGUUCAGGGGCAAGCUCCACGGCUGAGGGUAGCCCUGCAUCAGAUGCGAAGCUGCCUGCGAGCCAAAGACAUAAUCCUGCAGACGAUCCUCUCAGGUCAAUCGUGUUGGAAGCGGAUCUUCGACGGGUGCACGUCGCCAACAUUGCGCACCACAGGACCGUAGGGUCUUACAAGGGAAGGAGACACGCUCAAGGUUUUCCUGUCAGAGGUCAGAGGACUCAGACGAAUGCUAGGACCGCAAAGAAGCUCAACAGGAUAGACAGGAGAGGCUUCAGCACGUGAGUAUUGCCGCACGGGACAUAGGUUUGCCAAGUGGAAGCCCUGCGAUGUGCAACGUGCAGCGCACAUCAAGCGCCUGCUACGAGACAAGGCUGUACGCUUCUGUAAUAGGGGUCGGGUCUCACACGAUAGGGCAGGUGCAAAGACUGACUUCUUUUGAUUGGAACUUGCCUUCUCUCGGCAGGUCCACCUUCGCUCAGAGCACUUCGAGCACUUCAUCGUCUUCGCGUGGCCCAGGACCAGUCUCGGCUCUCGUUGGUAGCAUGGCAAGACCUCGAUUCGCUCAGCUCAGGAAUGCGGACGCACCGCGAUGA